AUGAGAGAACCACAAGGGCGAUUUUGCGGUUUCCAGGUCAAAUACGCUUAUAACAGGGAAAACAGGCGGUGUGAGCAAUUCUGGUUCCCAGGCUGUAAAACUAAAGAGACUAAUAUUAACUUAUUUGAUACAGAAGAUGACUGUUUGAAGGCGACUUAUCACUGCCACGUUAGUCGAACAACAGCGGAAAUUUUGAAGCCUGAGGUAACGGCAGCGCCUCUGCUUUUUACUUCUGAAUCGUCUCGACGGCCUUUAUUUACGGUCAAACCGCCCACGCAAGCCCCAAUAACUUUUAUGCCGCCGUUUAAUCUGCGUAAUCUCAUUCCUGGCGGUGUCAAAACAGCCGCUGGUUCUGGAGAAGUAGAGCGAACAGAAUCCAAAUCAAAGGGUGGUGAAAAUUCUAAAAUGAGUCUUUUGGGUUUAAUUACGGACGGAUUGUCGCAGUUUACAAACUCUGGUGGUGCCACAUCGGAGAGUGAAUCUGGAACUAACUUUUUGGAGAAUUUCAAUCUGGACAAAAUACCCCAGCUGAUAAAGACACUUCAGGAAGCGCGUACACGAAUCUAUCCUGGCUACGAUGGCACGAAUCCUGUGUCAGUACCACAAACAUGGGCACCAGUUCCGUCAGUUCAAACUGUCACUUACGGAUCUUCUGUACCGUAUCCAAGCUCUUUACCCCAAUAUAGUGGUUAUUCGUACGGACCACAAAUCCCAGCAGCUUAUGUACAACAGGCUUCAUCACAUUUACAACCUCUGCAUUAUUCGUAUGCUGUGGCAUAA